UGCGUUCCAAAAUCACAAUAAUUACACAAAUUAUUAUUUUUAUUGUUUAUCGAAAAACAAUAGUGAAAUAGUGAAAAAUGUCACGCAAUAAAACCAGUUUGUACGCGCUCUUGCUGCUUGGGUUGCUGGGCUCCGUGACAGCUUACAACUAUCUAAUGGUGCUUCCAACUGGUGCUCGAUCUCACUAUAAUGUCGGGUCAGCGUUGGCCAAAGGUUUGGCAGCCGCUGGUCAUCAGGUGACUUUGAUCUCGCCCUUCCCGCUAAAGAAACCAAUUCAGAAUAUUAAUGAUGUGCCCGUUCCAAAUAUUUUGAAAUCCAUGGGAGGUGACAUAGAUAAUUUAUUGAAAAAAUCGGAACAGCCAAUUAUACAACAAAUUGUUGGAUUCUAUGACAUGGGUAUACGUCUGACCGAUACGCUGCUUCAAGAUCCAAUUGUUAAGAAAUUGAAAGAUUCCAAUCAGACUUUUGAUGCAGUUAUCAACGAAGUAUUUCUGAACGAAGCGCAUUUUGGAUUUGCUGAGCAUUUCAACGCACCACUUAUUGGUCUCGGUACUUUUGGCGCCAUCAGCUGGAACACUGAUAUGGUUGGCUCGCCAUCGCCCGCCUCUUAUGUGCCUCAUGCACUGCUCAAAUUCUCCGAUCACAUGUCGUUCGUCGAAAGAGUCAUCAAUUUGGCCUUCCUCACCUACGAGUAUUUGUUCAUGAAGUUUUACUACUUGCCACAACAGGAACAGCUCUUCAACAAGCACUUUCCCAAUAACAAACAAGAUUUCUAUGAGACGCGCAGUAAUGCUGCCUUGGUUCUGCUCAAUCAGCAUGUUUCACUGAGCUUCCCCCGGCCAUAUUCACCCAAUAUGAUCGAAGUGGGUGGCAUGCACAUUCACCGUAAUCGCAGUCCUCUGCCCAAGGACAUCGAAGAUUUCAUCAAGGGUGCUAAACAUGGUGUCAUUUACUUCUCCAUGGGUUCCAACCUAAAGAGCAAAAAUCUACCACAAGAAAAGCGACAAGCUUUAAUUGACACCUUCAGCCAGCUGAAGCAACGCGUGCUGUGGAAAUUUGAAGAACCCAAUUUGCCGGGUAAACCAGAGAAUGUCUUUAUCUCGGACUGGUUCCCACAGGACGAUAUAUUGGCCCACGAGAAUGUUAAAUUAUUCAUCACACACGGUGGUCUGCUCAGCACCACAGAAUCGAUUUAUCAUGGCAAACCAUUUGUGGGUAUUCCCAUUUUUGGUGAUCAAUUCCUUAAUAUGGCACGUGCUGAGCAAAAUGGCUAUGGCAAGACAGUUAACUACGAAGAGCUAACAACGGAAAGAUUACUGGCGGCGAUCAACAAGCUGCUUCAAGAGCCACAGGCCAUUGAACUGGUCAAAGACAUGUCCGCUCGCUAUAGAGAUCAGCCACAACUGCCACUGGAACGUGCAGUCUACUGGGUGGAACAUGUAACCAGGCAUAAGGGUGCCAAGUAUUUGCGAAGUGCAUCCCAGGAUCUCGAUUUUGUGCAAUAUCAUAACCUGGAUGCUAUGCUGGUGCUCUAUGGAGGCAUCUUAUUUGUGCUCUAUUGUAUUCUCUUGCUCAUACGCCGGGCAUGGGGAGGACUGCAGAAUUUAUUCUUGGGUCGCCAGACAGCGAAAGCAAAAGUGAAACGUAAUUGAGAUAAGGUUCAAGAUUAAGUAUUAUAAGAUAGUCUGCGUGUGUAUAUUGUCGAUAAAAUCCAGCCACACUUUAAGUGUUUGAUUUUGCUAAUAAAAAUUGCAGCGAGAUGUCGGUUUGGGUUGCCGCCGGCAUUGAGAUUGUAAAAUAAAAUGGGAAA